CCGAAACGAAAAAGAACUGACGGGUACUUUCCAACAUCUAUUACAGCUGCGUGUUAUCGACUGUGACCCGAUACAGCCAGAGAAGAGACUUUGGAUCCGCAGCGCCAUAAGGAGCGAACGCCUUGAAGCCUUUCAGCCCGCCCAUCUGAGCGCUCACAAAGGAGCAGCCACAGAACACUGAACAAGGAAGUAAAGCUUUCUGACAGAUUUUUAUUUCAGCUGCAGCAGUCAAAAUGGCUGAGAAGAGGAAGACGAGGAAGCGAUCCAAAUCUCUGUGCCCCAGCCAUGAGCUGAUCGGUUCACAGACGAGUGAAGCGGAGUCCUCAGGUCCCAGCUGUGAGUCUAUGAAGAGUGAUGUAUCCAUGUAUGAGCCACUCAACUUUGCUGUUAAGAGAACACGUUCACAGUCGAGUGGCAAUGAGCCCACAGCUCCCAGUGUUGUAUCUAUGAAGAGUGACAUAUCCAUGUACGAGCCGCUGAACUUUGGUGUUGAAACUACACAAAGCAAGCUGACUGGGGAGCUGUCCAGCUGUUCCAUGUGUAUGGAGGUUUUGAGGGAUCCAAUCAGGUUAACCUGUGGACACUGGUCAUGCAGACUGUGUUUCAGCUCGGACUGCAACUGCACAGAGUGUGAGAAGGAACUCAGAAAAGAGCCGGAACACCAGAGAGACACUGAAGAAGACACUGGGGGCAGCCAUCUCUUAAGAGCAAAGAAGAAUCUUAAAGAAGCAAUUCAAAAGACAUUCACUCUGACAUCUGAAGGUAAUGGUGACCAACAGAGCUCCCUAAACAGCAUCUACACAACACUUAACAUUACCACUGGAGAGAGUGAAGGGCCACAUGAUGAACAUUCAUUCAGACUCAUCAAACCUAAACGACCUUCAGAAUUUAUCAGCCUCAGUAACAUAUUCAAUCCUUUGCCUGGCCAAGAGAAACCCCACAGAACGGUCCUGACAAAGGGUGUUGCGGGCAUUGGAAAAUCAUUUUCCGUGCAGAAAUUCAUUCUUGACUGGGCCGGGGGGAAAGCGAACAAGGACAUUGACUUCAUUUUCAGUCUUGCUUUCCGAGAGCUGAAUUUGAGUACAGAUAAUAAAAGCUUGCAAAAGCUCCUGACUGAAUUCUAUCCUAUGAUCCGUGAUCAUGAUCUCUCAGAAGAUUUCAUCAAAGCCAAAGUUGUAGUGAUCCUGGACGGCCUGGAUGAAAGCAGACUUCAACUGGAUUUCAGGAACAAGAAGGUAACAUCAGUCAGUGAAGUAACAUCUGUGGGGAAUCUUCUAGCAAACCUCAUCCAGGGUAACCUUCUUCCUAAUGCUAACGUGUGGAUAACAUCCCGUCCAGCAGCAGCCAGUCAGAUCCCUGCAGACUUUAUCGACAUGGUGACGGAGAUAAGAGGGUUCAGUGACCCACAAACAGAAGAAUACUUCAAGAGGAGAUUUAGAAAUGACCCAGGCCUCGCUGACAGGAUCAUUUCACACAUUCGCUCUUCACAGAGUCUCGACAUCAUGUGCCAGAUCCCGAUCUUCUGCUGGAUUUCUGCCGUGUUAUUUCAGGAGAUCUUUGGAGGAGAUGAGAAAGCUGAAACUCCUCAAACUCUAACAGAGAUGAUGGCCCAUUUCCUGUUUGCCCAGACAAAACGCAGAAGCAGAAAAUAUGACCAGAAGACAGAGGAAAACAAAGAGAGACUUCUGAAGACACACAGAGAAUUUCUCCUGAAACUCGGCAAGCUUGCGUUUGUUCACCUGCAGAAAAACAAUCUCAUCUUCUAUGCUGAAGAUCUGGAAGACUGUGGCAUCGACGUUAAAGAGGCAACCAUCUACUCUGGAUUUUGCAACACAAUUUUUAGAGAGGAACAAGUCUUUUCCCAGAAAAAGGUCUUCUUCUUUGUGCACCUGACCAUACAGGAGUUCUUUGCAGCUCUGUUUGUCUAUGACUGUUUCACAAACAACAACACAGAAGUGCUUGACAGCUUCCUCGAUCUGAAGGACAAAGAACAUACUUUACUUGAUCUUGUAAAGAUGACAGUUGACAAAGUGUUGGAAAAGAAGAACGGCCACCUGGACUUCUUCCUGCGAUUCCUCCUUGGCCUCAUGGUAGAACCCAACAGAAGAGUCCUGCAGGGUCUGCUGACAUUGACAGAUCCAAGCCAGGAUACCGACAAGAAAAUCUUGACUUACCUCAAAGCCAUCCGAAGGAAGGCCCUCUCUCCAGACAGCUGCAUGAACCUCUUCCAGACCAUGGUUGAGAUGAGAGAUCACAAAGUCAAAGAUGAGAUUCAGGAAUAUCUCAAAUCAUCAGAUCGUUCCCAAACUGAGCUGACACCACUGCACUGCUCUGCAUUGGCCUACAUGUUGCUGGUAUCGAAGGAUCAUCUGGAUGUGUUGGACUUGAAGAGUUACAGCACAUCAGACGAAGGCAGAAGGAGGCUGAUACCUGCUGUGAGGAUCAGCAGCAAGGCCAUACUAGCAGACUGCAAAGUGACUGAAGAGUCGAUCCAGCAUCUGGCCUUUGGUCUCAAGUUCCCCUAUUCACCUCUAAGAGACCUGGAUCUGAGCAACAAUGACCUGAAAGACUCAGGAGUAAAGCUGCUCUGUGAAGGACUGUCGAGUCAAUACUGCAAACUGAAGACACUGAGGUUGUCAGGUUGUCAAGUCACAGAAGAAGGCUGUGUUGAUCUGGCUUCAGCUCUACGGUCCAACCCCUCCCAUCUGACAGAGCUAGACCUGAGCUACAACAAUCCAGGAGACUCUGGAGAGAAGCUGCUCUCUGAGCUGAGAGAAAAUCCACAAUACAAGCUCAACAUACUCAAUGUUAAACAUGGUGGAAGUCACCGGAUGAGAACGAGAUUCAAGAAAUAUGCCUGUGAGCUCACGUUGGACCCCAACACAGCCCACAAGAACCUCCUUCUCUCUGAUGGGAACAGAAAGGUGACAUGGGUGCAAGAGGAGCAGCCAUAUCCCCAUCACCAAGAAAGGUUCGAUAACUGCCAACAGGUGCUGUGUCAACAGGGUCUAGAUGGGCGCUGCUACUGGGAGAUGGAAGUGUUGGAGCCCUUCACCAUGGGGUUAACGUACAGAAGCAUUGGCAGGAAAGAUGAUGUGGAUGAUUGCAAGCUGGGACGCAACGACAGGUCUUGGUGUUUGAUUUGCUGUGAUGAAGGUUGUUUUGUUCUGCACCGCAAUGAGAGUGUCAGUGUAUCUUCCCUCUGCUCGCGCUCCAGUCGGGCGGGGGUGUACCUGGACUGGCCGGCUGGGACUCUGUCCUUCUACAGAGUUUCCUCUGACAGUUGGACCCGCCUUCACACCUUCAAAGCAACAUUCAACGAGCCCCUCUAUCCGGCUGUUGAACUUCACACUCAUUCCUCCGCAGUUUUUUGUCACAUAACUUAGCUCAGUUAACACAUAGCUAAUUAAACUUUCACUGCAAUCACAAACAAAGGUGUGGAUUUGCAUUUGGAUAGCUGGGACGUGUCCCAUACAGUCAAGGGCCUACUAGAGGUAGUCAGACAGAGAACCGUCUGGCUGAUUGUUCAGGCUCAUGAAUUAGUGAUUGCACCCUCAGAAUGAGGUAUCACUGUGUUUUUACCUUCACAUUUUCUUUUACCAUGUGCUUAAGACCGCAGGCCUACAACACCAGCAGUGUGAAGCAAAACUGACUUUUACCGGACACGUUUUCACUUUGUAUUCCAAAGGAAAAAGAGGACAUUAUGUCCUGGUUAAAAAAAUUGUUCAAAUUUAAAUAACAACUUUGCUAACAUGGCAAGAACCGCACUGGAUAGCCAAACAGCUUGUGUAACACAAGCUAACCUCCCAAUGCAGAGUGAUGGAGGUAUUUAUGGUGGAUCUUCACCAAUGUGAAACACAUGCACAACAUUAAGAAAAAAUGCUGCAAAGUGAGGAAAUACACAUACAGAAAUAUUCCCUGAGGAAAACUGGUGACUCUCUUCAAGGGAGAGAGAGAUCUGGCCAAAAAGUCGCUAGACAUGCUAGGUAAGGGGGCUAAAUCUAGCAAGGUAGUCGGUAAGUUGGCAGCAGUGCAUGUGCUAUGGGCCCAGAAUUUGCAAGGCCCUACGUCAACGCACAGCCCACACCAUAGGUAUGGCAUUGAUUCAGUGCAGAAAUAUAAAUUCCACCUUAGCGCUGUAGCUGAAGAGAGGCAUGGGAAUGUGCGUAACGUCCCAGAGUCCUUCACAGAGAAGUCAGUCCACAGGCUCCGAGAAGCAAGUGAGAAAGUCGGGGAAAGUCGUGCUUUUUAGUUGUGUUACAACCUGUUCACCCACUGGCAAUAAAGAAAUGAUUCGUACAUGCUUUGAAGAACUGUUGGCCUCCACUCACACCUUCUUCAACCUUGUUGUAAGAGCAGGAGGAUAAAGGUUAAAGGAAAAAAGAACAGACCUCAGUUUGUUUUAACUCGCAGAGAUGUUUGCUAGUUACCUGCAAGCUAACAGUCAGGUGCAGUGUAAUAGGAUGGAAGUGGUUAGCUAGCACUGCAAAAUCAUUUUAGUAAACAAGCUCAAUUGGUGUCAUCAAAAAACACGUGUUUAACAGAAAGAAGAGGAACGUCAAUAUGAUAAUGCUCAAAAAUACUUUUUUUUUUACGCAUAUGUAGCAUGUAACAGUGAUAAACACAAACACACAGAAUGGUUUUCCUUUAAGAUUCAAUCAUAGAAAUUAUAUUUUUAACAGCAGCAGUGGUGAUUCUUCUUCAAAUAAUUUUGUACAAUAUAAUGUUCUGUAAUCUAUCCUGUGUAAUAUAUCUCCUAAAAUAUAAAAUACAUCGCCAUAAAGCACUUUUGCAACGUCGAGCUCCUAUGAGCGUUUGUGUGUUAGUGAAAGAGAGGAAGUGAACACGAACACGUUAGCUCGGGUUUCAAACAUGUCUCUACUAAUCUCAAAACCAAACCUACAACCUGUUGCUCCUGUUUUCAUUUUUAUUUUUUUUCACCCUAUGCUAUUAUCUCACAUAAAAGUCUAAACUUAGAGAUGUAUCUCCGCAGUCAGGAGCUGCGGGUAUGGUUCUGAAUAUUUAAGAUUCAACCAAAAAAAUGUUUAAAUUUUAUGUUUAAAUGCACUCCCUGAAGAAAUAUGAUCACAUUUUUGGAGAAAUGAAAGAGUGAUUCCAGAGAGAAGCAGACAGAGGGGUCUACAGUCUGUGUUUGAAGGAUAUAUCCAGGAUGUCAAACUGACUCAGCAGCAACAACAGGUUAAAAAGACAAAGAUAGUUAGAAGCUAAAGCCGAACUAUAGGCUACAGAUCACAGUGUAAAAGUGAACCACCACAUCACUGCUGAUCGCCACACAAGACAAUGAAUAUAAAGGGAAACUUUGCUGAUAUUGAACCAGCUGUGUGGCAUCGCAGUGUGUGCAGACAGAUUUGCAACUAACAUUUAAAUCAUACCGGUCUGAUCAUCUUCAGGGUUUUUAUUAAGUUUUAGUCGUUCAUGUUUGACCAACUUAUAUUUGUACAAGUUUAGUUUUAUGUGUGACCGAAUAACUUUGAACUGUGGUAAAGUUUUACAUUUUGUUGUUGUCAAUCAGUGAUAGUUUACUGCAGAUAGUGUGUUUGUGUAGACAAGCAGAUAAAUACACUGUGGACAUGAGUAGUUGACUGUAUUAUGCUUUUUAAGUAUAGGUAUGAUGUGUCUUUUUAAACAUUUCAUUUAAGUAGCUGUCUUUUAUUAUUUUUCCACUCAGAAUAGUUUAUGCUUCAACAUAUUAUUUGCUCCUUCUCAUGUAGUGCCUAUAUUUUAUAGGGACAGAUACAUCUGUGUGUUUAGACUCUGUAUCAGUGAUCAAUAAAUCAUUUGUUUGUAAAGCAAAUAAUGCAUUAAGCUGCUCUUUCCUUCCUUCCCUCAAAGUGCUCUACACUAUCAACUUUCAGUAACGUAGCUUAAAUUUAUGCACCUAAAUAAAUCUGUACCUUGCAUGUGA